AAUCCCUUCAACAGACCAUUCAAGUUCUCGCUGUCUAAAGAAGAACAAGCUCCUUAUUCGCCGCUUGAUAUUUCGACGUUCAAUGCUGGGGAAGUGUCACCGAGAUGCUGUUCGGACGAGUCUUGGUCCUUACGCUAGGUUUCGGCCUACACACUGCAUCCCCGGAGGUCCCGAAAUGCACACCGUGAGUCUCUAUCUAUUUUCUCCGCUUACCCUGCUGCAUUUUAGACUACGGAAAGGCUCAAAAUUCUGUGCCCGCAGGUGUUCUUCUACCUCGCAUCCAGACCUGAAACCGACUCCCCCUCCUUGCACCACCCGUACUACCGUGACGUCCCUGGUUAUAAUAACAACAACAAUAACAACAACAGCAGCAACGACAACAACAGCAGCAGCAGCAGGAGGAGCAACAGCAGCCAACAGUCACCGACACGAGUAUUACCGAAAGUCCAUGAUGAUCCCCAAACGCUCCGGGGGCGCAUUCUGCAAUGUUGUUCAUUGCGGAAGGCAUUGUACUCCCCAAGACGGUACCGGGACCUGCAAUGUUACUCAUUGCGAAAGGUGUUGUACAUCAAUCAAAACCCCUCCGGGCAAUUCCGUAUCCUGCGAGGAUAUCUGUUACCGAGAGCAUUGUACAGCAACAACCACCAAACCCACCGAACUCGACGCUUUUUUUUGCCGAAGGGAUUGGACAACAAUCAAACCCCCCCCCCCAGGCGAUUCCGCAUCAUGCGAUGGUAAUUGCUGCCCAUCACAACGUCACACCGGCCGUAUCAAAGUUAGCGAUUAAAUAUGCGGCGAGUAUGUCGAGGCUUUCUCUUUUGCAACUUGAGCACAGUCGCCGGACCAACUGCCGGAUACGGGUUUGGGAUGAGCUUUGAACGGGCGGGUAAAGGAUGUCUAUAUGUGCCAGAUGCUUUCAAGCUUCGGGUAUCGCGGCAACGUCGAGUAGAUCGUGCGUGUUCCUUGUGG